AUGGCACCAGCUUCCAUCGUAAGUAACGGAAACGGAACUCCCACCGUCACAACUCGCUUCGCUUCCGUCUAUAGCGAAGUCCAAAAUAGCCGCGUCGAUCACAAACUCCGUCUUCCUUCCGUUCUCCAAACACCGUUCGCCAUUGUCGAUGGUCCUAAAAGCUCCGCCGCCGGAAAUCCAGAUGAGAUCGCGAAACUGUUUCCAUUUUUGUUUGGACAACCUUCCGCUGCUUUGGUGCCUUCUGAUUCAGUCAAUGCGCUUCCUCAUCGGAAGUUGAAGAUUGGCGUUGUUCUCUCCGGUGGACAGGCUCCCGGUGGUCAUAAUGUUAUAUCUGGAAUUUACGAUUACCUUCAACAACGUGCAAGUGGAAGCACAUUGUAUGGUUUCAAAGGUGGUCCUGCCGGCAUUAUGAAGUGCAAAUACACUGAACUUAAUUCUGAGUAUAUUUAUCCUUACAGAAAUCAGGGUGGUUUUGACAUGAUUUGCAGUGGGAGGGACAAGAUUGAAACUCCAGAGCAGUUUAAACAAGCUGAGGAAACAGCAAAGAAGCUAGACUUGGAUGGGCUUGUUGUUAUUGGUGGAGAUGACUCCAACACCAAUGCAUGCCUCCUCGCCGAGAACUUCAGAAGCAAAAAUUUAAAAACUCAGGUGCUUGGAUGCCCCAAAACCAUUGAUGGUGAUCUGAAAAGUAAAGAAGUUCCCACAAGCUUUGGGUUUGAUACUGCUUGCAAGAUAUAUGCAGAAAUGAUUGGAAACGUUAUGAUAGAUGCCCGAUCAACCGGAAAAUAUUACCAUUUUGUGCGGCUUAUGGGGCGUGCAGCUUCCCACAUUACACUGGAAUGUGCUCUACAAACUCAUCCAAACAUUACUAUUAUUGGAGAAGAGGUGGCUGCAAAGAAGCUGACACUGAAAAAUGUCACCGACUAUAUUGUCGAUGUUAUCUGUAAAAGAGCUGAAGUUAAUUAUAACUAUGGGGUCAUUCUUAUCCCUGAAGGUCUAAUUGAUUUCAUUCCUGAGGUCCAGCAUCUUAUUGCAGAACUUAAUGAAAUUCUGGCUCAUGAUACCGUUGAUGAGGCUGGUUUAUGGAAGAAGAAACUCACCGAUCAAUCAUUGGAGCUUUUUGACUUUUUACCUCAAGCAAUCCAAGAACAAUUGUUGCUUGAAAGAGAUCCACAUGGAAAUGUUCAGGUUGCCAAAAUUGAAACAGAGAAAAUGCUUAUCGAAAUGGCUGAAACUGAGUUGGGAAAGAGGAAACAAGAAGGAAAGUAUAAAGGAGAAUUCAAAGGGCAGUCUCACUUUUUCGGUUAUGAAGGUAGAUGUGGGUUGCCAACAAAUUUUGAUGCUAAUUAUUGCUAUGCUCUUGGUUAUGGUGCUGGAGCCCUCCUUCAUAGUGGCAAGACUGGACUAAUAUCAUCGGUUGGAAAUUUAUGUGCUCCAGUAGAAGAGUGGACGGUUGGUGGAACUGCACUCACCUCACUCAUGGAUGUGGAGAGGAGACAUGGUAAGUUUAAGCCUGUGAUCAAGAAGGCAAUGGUAGAGCUUGAAGGGGAACCUUUCAGAAAGUUUGCCUCCUUGCGUGAUGAAUGGGCCCUGAAGAAUUGCUACAUCAGUCCAGGUCCAAUUCAAUUCUCUGGCCCAGGAUCUGAUGCAGUUAGUCUCACUCUACUCUUGGAGUCUGGAUUUCAAAUUUAA